AUGAGAGAAGAAGAAGAAGGAGAAGAAGGCUCGAUGACUACAAGAAGCGAUCUCUCAAGUUUCCUCAAAAUCUUAUCAUCUUACAACUCCAAUGUCCUCUUAGCUGCUCUCGUCUUCCUCCUCUUAGUCGUCCUCUUCGUCUUGCUUCUUCAUUUCUACGCUCGCUUUUUCUGGUCGCACUCCGACCAAGAAUUCUCCACCGCUCGUCGCCGCCGGAGAAGACGACGAAACCGGAGAAGAACAGUGACGACAACAAGAAUCAUACCUUCUCUUCCACUCGGAGUUUUCGACGCUGGAGUUUCAUCUGCUGCUCCUGCAACAAAUGAUGACAAAGGUUUGGAUUCUUCAGUGAUUUCUUCGAUUCCUCUGUUCGUUUACGAAGAAGACGACGAGAAAGAAGAAGAAGACGAGGAGUGUGUGAUAUGUCUUGGUUUGUGGGAAGCGGGAGAUUUCGGAAGGAAGCUGAGAAAUUGCGGACAUGGCUUUCACGUUGAGUGUAUAGACAUGUGGUUGUUUUCUCAUUCCACUUGUCCUAUCUGUCGAUCCCCUGUUCUCGCCGCCACAUCUGAUGAGGACAAUCUCAAGCCGGCCACUAGUGACGUUGAAGAAGAAACAGAAGUUCGAUUGCAAUUGUUUCCAGCUGGAGAAGAAGAGAACGUCGCAGAUGAUCGGAGAAAUUCACUGUCUCUUGCUGUGAUUGAAGAUAAUCUCAAAACAGAGGUUGAUGACGGAGAAAGUAACGGCGUCGGAGACGGAGAGGUUAGAAUUCAAGUGUUUGAUGAGGAGAUUAACGGCGGAGGAGGAUCAAGAAGUGACCGGAGAUCGACGUCAUCAGCGUCUAGCUCGUUGAAGAGGAUGUUGAGUAGUAGAAAUAGGUCGGAGUGUAGCAAGGUGUUCCCGUCGGCGACGCAAGAUUCGUCUUCGUAA